AUGAGUUCCUUAGGGGGAGCUAUUAAUUAUUUGAAAGAUCUUAAAAGAAUCAUUUAGAAGUAAUCUUUAAAUAUUAAUUUUAGUUAUGGAUUAAAAUAAUUUAUAGAUGAGAAUGCAAUAGGAAAUAUAAAUUUAUGA